ACUUUCAUAAGUUGACCACAUCGCAAACAAAAGUGAGUAUGCUUUGUAAAGCACCGUAUAAAGAAAUAAUAUCUGAAUUGGUAACUGGAAAAAUCAGUUGCAACUGUCAGUCUUUCAUCUGAAGCUAGAAAUCUUUCAAAUUUAAAAAAUGGCUAGUGUACUCUUUGGUUUGACUGUUGCCAUGAUCUCAGCACCUGUAUUAUCUGACAUCAGCACUCUUCUGCCAUCGAGUCCCUCAGAAGGUCAGACAACCAGCGACCUGCUACUAGAUGUAACUACAAAUGUCUCUUGUGAAAACUACUCCACGAGCAGUCCGUCCAGCAAGGAUGUCACACAAGUCACGCUUAUCGCAAAAGAACAAAGCAGUGGAAGCCCACCUACUGAUAUGAUGAACUCGACAUUGACGACUGGAACUUAUUUGAAAACUUUUGUGGUGGAUAUUUCUGUCUGUACAAACGGUACCUACAAAGACAUCCUCGCCAGUAAUGGCUCUGUCAUCAUCAUCACAUCCUCCAGUUAUUUUCUAGGAGCAGUGAGUUGUUCCUGGCGCGUGGUUGUGCCUGAAGGAAAAUAUAUUUACAUGGAGUUUGACGAAUUUCGACUCGGAGAAUACCGCCCUUGUCUCGAAUCUUCCCAGAAAUAUUUGAAAGCUUCUGUGAAAGCUCGAGACGAUACAAAUAUAAUUUUUCAGUGCGACGAGAACUUGGGGGUCCCAACCUCAGCUGUAUCCUCAUCGAACGAAUUAUAUUUCAACUAUGCCCACACCAAUCAAACAAGCAAGAACGAGCCGAUGAUUCGAUUCCGGUUCAACGCAACAGACUUGUCUUGGCGAGAGAACCUGCCAACCUUUUUCACCACAAACGAGACCGGGUACAUUGAGUCGCCGGGUUACGACGGAAAAAGAAGCUACCCGCACUAUAUCAACGCAUCCACCCAGUUAACCGUGCCACCCGGAUAUGUCGUCAUGAUCAGUUUCCUCCGCUUUGACCUAGAGGAUCAUCGCAUUUGCUACUAUGAUUAUCUGACCCUCUCGCAGUUGGACAGGAUAAUAAGACCACAGUACUCUGGAAGAUGUGUGGCACUAAAGACAUAGAUGUUAAAGUGUAUAACGAAACCCUGACAUUCAACUUCCGGUCAGACUACAUCUACGCAAAGACUGGCUUCAAGAUGUUGUUCUCGUUUCAUCCCGUGUCGCAGACGCCUCAAGAAGUGGAGCCGGGUGUGUUUAACUGCUCUGUUCCUUACUUUCACAGAUUUCAAGUCCACAUGAAAUGCAAUCUUGCUAAAGAAUGUGUAAACAACGAGGACGAGGCAAACUGUAAGUACGCGUCUGAGGAGUGCGGGGUGGGUCUCAUCGACAGUGGGACUAAGUGUCUUUCUUACAGAAACCCCAAGAAAAACAUCACCUGGAACGAAGCGUAUUCCACGUGUACGAACGAAGGUAAGACCCUGAUGACCAUAAAGACACCUCAAGAAUGGACUACCUUUCAAAAUAUUGUCAGUUUGGGUAAAAGAUCAACGGUUAUGUUUGUGGGUCUCAGCACUGCCCAGUCCACUAUGGUGGAUAUGUAUAAAGAUGUACUACAGUGGUCAGACAGAACCAUGGCCUACUACGUCCGCACCGACUCACAGGAGAUUUCCGUCCCGUCCUGCCUGUAUCUCCCAGGUGGCUACAAAGAGAAACUUUCCUUUAUGUCUUGUAACGAACAAACAUCUGCUUAUUUCUUAUGUGAAAGGGAGAAGGACAUAAAUAAACAAAAGCAAAGUGUAGAGUUGUCUAGCAACCUUACAGAUGUGUUUCAGACAAGACUAACCUUGGUAGAAUGCCCUGAUCAUCACAUGACACAAGACUACUUGAUAUGUGAUAUGGAGAGCAGAUGUGGGUUGGAAGAGUUUCAUGCUUCGUGCCCAGUCCACAACACGGAUCUCUGGAUUUCGAUGUUUUUUUGUGACGACACGACGCAGACGAUUCCUUACUCGCUCGUCUGUGACCACCGAGGUGACUGCUCAGAUGGCUCCGAUGAAAGAUUCUGCGAGUUUGCAGACUGCACGGGUUUCCAGUGUAGAAACCGACAGUGUAUAUCUUUAAGUGAUCAGUGCGACAACAUGCAGCAUUGUGUCGAUCAUUCUGAUGAGGAGUGUCCAAAAAUCGUCCCGGAGGUGAAGUCAUCGCUGCCACCCCCAGCCGUCGUACAGCUUAAUGGACGUGGUAGCUACAACAUUACAGCCCUCAACUCCACUCAACCAUGUCCUGAGACUCACUUCCGCUGUCCAUAUGGCGGCUAUUGCCUACCUGUGUACCUGCGGUGCAACGGCGUGGAUGACUGUCCUGAUCGCGAGGACGAGAUGAACUGCGAGACUUACACGUGUCCCGGUUUCUACCGCUGUCGGGCCUCUAGGGUGUGUUUACAUCCCACACACGUGUGUGAUGGUGUGUUCCAGUGUCCUCAGCAGGACGACGAGAAACUGUGUCAUCUAGAAUGUCCCCUUGAGAGCUGCAGGUGCCAGGGUCUGGCUUUUGUUUGCUUGAAGCCUUUCAAUGCUAGUAACUAUACAGAUCUUCGAUAUGUUGAUGCAUCUGGGACAGGCAUGUCUCCCGGCGAAUUUUCUCGAAUGUUUUACCUGUCUAGUCUUACAUUGUCCAGGUGUGGUCUUCACAGCAUCUCAAACAUGUCACUCCCUAAUCUUAAUAUACUAGAUCUUAGUUAUAAUAUGAUAUCUUCUGUCGACAUGUUUGUCUUUUCGAGGUUGAAAAAUUUGAAAGAACUGCGCUUGCUCGGUAAUCCUCUUGUUGUGUUUAAAAGUAGCUCUUCUUCUUGGACGCUAGCACGCUUUAAAAGCAUCAACCUCUCUGGAACAAAAAUACAAGUUUAUAAUGGUGAAGUGCUUACAUGUUGUUCUCGUCUGCAAACUCUAAAUCUCUCGAACACCGAACUAGAUACUGUUACCGAAGGAGGUUUUACGACAACACCCCUUCUUGCAGAGCUUGACAUGAGUGGGUCCCCUUUAGAAACAUUUCCCUACAACAUGUUUCGGAGAAUGUCAUCACUAAAGUAUGUUCAUGCUGACAACUUCAAGGUCUGCUGCAGAGCCGCUCUCCCUGAAACUUUCAAUGAGCGAAACUGCUUUACACAGAAAGACGAAUUGUCAUCAUGCGAGGACCUACUACAGUCCCACUGGUUCCGAGCCUUUUUGUGGAUUUUUGCUGUGCUGGCCAUUCUUGGGAACGGUGGCAGCUUUGUGGCACGAAUAUUUUUUCAGAAUCAAGCUGCCAACCAAGCAAGUUACAAUAUAUUCGUCAGCAACCUGUGCUUUGCAGACUUCCUAAUGGGCAUAUAUCUGACUAUCAUUGGCUCCGCUGACCACGUGUACCGCGGGAGCUACUUGUGGCACGACCACGAAUGGAAGACAAGCCUGACCUGUAAGGUGGCCGGCUUUCUGUCUCUUUUGUCCAAUGAGGUGUCUGCUUUUAUGAUCUGCCUCAUCACGAUGGACCGUUUUCUUGUCAUACGCUUCCCCUUCAGCAGAUUUCGUUUCAAAAGCGGGUCUGCAGCCGUGGCCUGUAGCAUUGCCUGGGUAGUGGGCGCGGCCCUUGCCACGGUACCCUUGCUUCCAGUCACAUCACACUGGGAGUUCUACAGUCAGACCGGCAUCUGCACUCCACUUCCGAUUAUUAGAAAGAGCUUCAAAGGACAGGACUACUCAUUUGGAGUAGUCAUUGUUCUUAAUUUUGUUUUGUUUUUGUUGAUAGCUGUAGGCCAGUUGAUUAUCUACAUUUCCGUUCGCGCCAACUCCAUGAGCGCUGCUAAACGGAAAACAUCGAGAGAUCUGGCCAUUGCCCGCCGCUUGAUGACAAUCGUCCUGUCCGACUUUUUAUGCUGGUUUCCAAUCGGACUUCUGGGGCUACUGGCUGCAAGGGGAACUCCUAUUCCUGGAGAGGUUAGUGUAGCAAUGGCCAUUUUCAUUCUGCCCUUCAACUCUGCUCUGAACCCUUUCCUCUACACAUUCAACAUUCUGAUGGAGAAACGCAGAAAAAUCGUGGAAGCCCGCAUGAUGGAGCGUCUUGAGAUGCGCCUUACGACAGAAAUUGUUUCUCGCCAGGACCCAGGAGUGUACAAGAUCUCGUCGCCUAUAUCCAAGCAAGCCGCCAUGGAUCAGAUCAUCAUGUGGAUAGAUAACGACAUCAUUUCCACUGAUGCUAUUAUUUCGCAUAUCCGUAAAAGAGAAGGAGUAAACCCUCGACGCCUUGACUCAAAGUCUCCAAAAGGCCAGCCUCUUAGAAAAGUGGACGCCAUGGACGUUCUUCGAUCUUGGCUUCACACUCAACUGCUCACGUCCGGCGAGGUUGUAUCUUUAGCAAUGGACUGCCGCACACAGAUACCGUGAAUACACGUGGCACAAAUACACAAAUACACUGUCAGUCACAAUCGUGGAGUAGUUCAUGUAACAAACAAUUAGCUAAUAAGGACAGAAAAACAAAAGCAGGACUGUAGCGAAAGACAUUCAGUUACAGUUUGAACGGAUGGGAAAGGCAUCGACUGUGAAAUGAAUCCAUCUCUUAAGUGGAUAUGUCGUUUAAAGUAUAUUUUUCUUUGCUUGUAGUCACAGAUGACCAUGAAAGUUUACCUUAAGAAUGAAAAUCUUAAUACAAGCAUCGGAUAAUAUUAAAUGAAAUUAGCAAAAAUUAUGGGUUUCCAAAGACUUGAUUUUAAAGCACAUCUGGCCUGCGAAAUAGUAGAUGAAGAACAAGAACAAGAACAAGAAGAAUAUAUAAUUAUAUCCUUUAUAAGGAAUACAAUGAAACAUUAAAAUGUUUGAAAUUUGUUUGUCCGUCGUGAAGCAGCCCUGAUUAUCUUUUUCUGUCGUUGUGGUGAAAGAUAAACAAAGGGUGACAGAUUUCAAGGAAAUUGCCUAAUUAAUCUGCACAUUUAAUUAAAGUAUCUCAGCUGGAAUACAAUUUACAGCGAAAUGAGAAUACAAAUCCCACAGCAAUGUAAAUAACCGGUCUGUCAGCUACACCAAUUAUUUUAUGUCCCCUGGCUGCUGAGUGUCAAUAGUUUCCUUUAUCCAUCUAGCCGUUUGUCACGACCUGACGUCGGUAAUCUGACAUGGCGCAUUCUCACCAAACGUCACAUACCGGCAUUCGUGCAUUGCGCAUUCUUUUUAAAUGAAAAACACGAGAUCACUUCCAGGUUGGGACGUCCGUUUGUUAAUACACACCAAAACUUCACAAUACAUAACAAUGCAUACAACUUUCAACCAGAACAGUUUAAAUCAACGCUCAGCAAGCACCUUAAAUCUCUAAGGGUGCACUUCACAGACUAAGGGUGCACAUGCACCGCUACUUAAUACCAAUGUCUGAGUCUUUCAGUUCGCUUCUCGAAGGGUCUCAGUUACUUAUUAACAGUUCAAACAGCUCUUACCCUGAUCAUCCUUUAAACGGCAUGAACGUCACAUUGUCCCUUCCACCUGGGUGCCGAAGGUACUCAGUCUCUGGGCACCUGCUCACACUCGUCAAGUCUCUCUUGACUUUCUCACGUCGAGCUAGUCGUUCCCACACACACAGCAGUGGAGUUGCAGAAGACACUCUCUCACUCCCCGCACACAGCAGUGGAGUUGCUGAAGACAGGCCUCCUGUCGGCGCUUCUGUCGUCGAAACGCCCUCAAGCUGUUCCGGAAGAUGGGGGGGGGGGUUCCUCUCCUCAGGCCACCAUCAUUCCUGUUACUGGUGUUGUCGUCGUCGACGUCGACUCCGGCUGACAAAACCUCUAGCCGUUCCGAGCCCGGCGCCGCACUCCCCCGCACACAGCAGAAGAGUCACUCUCCGCACACAGCAGAAACUUGGAGACUCUACAAUGUCUCCGGUACACGACACACCUCGCUCGCACCUCCAAACAGCUUCUUCUCGGACACACUCUCUGUGUUAAUCCAAAAACAAGUGUCUCUCCCCCUGAGCCUUUCUACCCUCCUCUAUAUAUACACCCUCUGUCACAAUCGACACGGGGUGAGCUCUACAUGCUUCGCACGUGAGGUCCGAAACUCAUGGGGGUAUCCAAAAAUCACGAGGCCCACAAUUUCCACUAACAUUAGGACAUUCACAAGUGACAACCUUCCAUCCCCUUCCACCAAACUAAGGCGGGAUCAUGGGAAAAAAAACAAAACUAAGGAGGCACGGACUGGUCCGUGACACCGUUAUAUCUGAUUGUAUUGACACAUUUCUAGUUGCUACUGGCCUUUGCAGAGUCUCCAGUCGGAGGAAAUUGUCAGAAUUAUCCGUUUAUGACUGGUGAGUAAAACACGAAUCUGACAUUUUAGAUAGAAUUCCAUUAUCUAUCUGGCGUUUUAAAUUUAAGCAACUUUAAGAUGUACAACCUUUUUUCAAGUCCUUGUUAUUUUACAAUUUGGUUAAGGUUGCAGGUAGGCAGCAGGUAGUUAAGUAUGUAGUGUAUCGCCCUGCAACAAGAUUCACCACAACCCAUGUCAAUGGUACUUUGCGGUUGCAUCACAUUGCCCAUAGUUUACAUACAGAUUUUAUUUUACUGACCAAAGUCAUUGUGCAGAACACUAUUCUGUUUUAGGGCCGAUGAAAGGGUCGAUAUCUCAUCAGAAAUUUCUCUUAGGAAACGUUUUUCACAACAAAGGAUUAAACCAAAAACCAUUUCCUUAGGAAACAUUUUUUGUGUGACAGCAAAUAUUCACAAAACUGUUUAUACGAACUGAACAAAGUUUGAAAGGAUUGUGAAACAACAAUCUGUAACAUACUCUUUUUAAAAUAAGAAAACUUAAAGAGCUUGUAGAGUAAAUUUUAAAGUAUUCGGACAUGGAUGGCAUGUCGAAUGAAGUUGUGCAUUAUAAUAUUCACAGAAAUCCACAUUUUCUCAAAUAGAUGCUAACUCUGUUGACCUUAUGUUGGCGUUCGUGUUGGUGGUCCUAUAUUUAUGUUGGCGUUAUUUCGUACAAAUUUGAUGUUUAUGUCCUUUCAUUUUUAUUAUAGCGUAUGAUGUUCGUUGUGGCGACCAUUAGACUUUAACUUUUCUGAGAAUGGUGCAAGUGUAGUUUUCACCCAACACAUUUAUUUACAAUAUAUUUGUGUUGAGUGUCUAUUACUGAACCAUACAUUGUGUUAGGUGACAGUCAAAAACUCUGUAAAUUAUGUAUUACAAAGGUAUGUAACAGACACUGGAUACAAAUCAUUUGUUGUAAAAUCAUCUUGGUGGAAUUUAAUCUUUUUUCUAAUUUAUUUUUAUUUUAUAGCAAAAUCUCGAUGUCCAGAAACUAUUCUUUAUGGAAGAUUCUUACCGGAAAAUGUCCUAUUGACUAGAAACUGAGAAAAUUGUAAAGCGGUUUAUAUUGAUAUCUUCUCCUGUGUUAUGUCACAGCAGUCUGGCGAAUUGUAUGAACAGCUAGGGAAGAGUUGUAGAUGUUGGGUGGGUUCAAGAACAGAGAGAGAGAGAGAGAACAAAUGAGGAAAUUGUUUUUUACGAGGAUAACAGAAUAAGCAAAUAAGUUUUUUUUUACACCUAGCCGUCGGACUAAUUAGUAGAAAAAAAAACAUUACAUUAAUUUAGAACAAGGCACUCAACAGAACGGAAGAAAAAUAGAAAGAAGUAUCUUUGAAUUCUUUAACAUUGAAAAGAAUGAAAUUCUCCGAAAGUCACGAAAAUUAAGGGAUCUCUCAUGAAUGAGAGUUAGUACAUGUCAGUACCUAUCAUCUUGCGGUUGUGUCCGAAAUAAAAAAAAAGGUAAGCUCUACGUCUGCAAUAAUGAUUACUGUUAUUGUUAAAAAUCCUGCUUUAAGUGUAUCUUUCUCGUGACUUGCUUUGUGUGAAAAUGCCAGUAAAGUAAUAUAUGUAUCACAAAUGUGUUGUUUGCUUUAGGUGUGUGUAUGAUCAAAAGAGAGAGAAAAUAUGCGUGAGAGAGAGAGAGAGAAAGAGAGAGAGCACGUUUACACGUGAAAGUAUAUAGAAAUUUAAAAAACCCAUGCACCGACCGAUAAAAUAAAGGGAAUCAUAAAAAAUUAGGUUUUCCGCUUUAAUUUUUUUUUUUUAGGUAGGGUUGUUUUCCGCAAAGAGCUCUUGAUGACAUACAUGAUGUCAAGCUGUUUACAAAAGUCUAACAUCAAUGAACUGCAAAAAUAAUGAAUUAAAUGUGCGUGAAUU